AUGAAAGUAGCAAUCCCAAAAAAUUAUAUUCAUGGAAGAGAUAAUAGAUCUUAGGAGCAAAUAUAGAUAGAAGGUAAACAAAUAUCAUAGAUUUGUUCUUUAAAUGAACAACUAUUUAAGCCCUUGGUUGAAUAAGAAUCUUAAAAACAAAUCUAAAAAUUCAAGAAUAAUGAUUUAGAGAUGAAGUUAAGUGGAGGAAGAUAUUUAUACUACACUGAUAGAACUUCAUUCUUAAGUGAAGAAGAUAAAUCUAAUUCUAAAUUACCUAUUAUUUUGACUGUCCAUGGGAUACCAGGGACUCUCUAAGAUUUCUUAAGCAUGCAGUAAAAUUUAUAAUCUCGCUUAUCUUGUAGAUGGAUAAACUUUUCAGUACCAGGCUUAGAUGGAAAGGAUGAAAGGAGAGGAACUUAUCAGGGAUAUUUAGAAGAUACAUCCCUUUUGAUUAAAGAUUUUUUAGAUGAAUUGAAGAUAGAUAAAGUUAUUUUAAUUAUGCAUUCUGCAGGUGGGUUAUAUGGAAAAUAUUUUAUGUAUUAAUAUCCAGAUAGAGUAAGAGCCUCAGUCUAAGCCGCAUCAAUUGGAAUAGAAAUGUGGGCUCCUUUGCUUUAGGAAAACCUUUUUUUUAAAUAAUUUGGGAUCGAUGUGCUUAAAAUCACAAGGGAAGAAGUUGAUACGUAGUAAUUUAGAGAUUAGUUUACUAGGUAAAUGGAAUAAUUAGUAAAAUCUUUCGAAAAUAAAUAAGACAAAAAUAAUAACUUAUGGAAAGCUAUUCCUAUUUAUUAGCAUCUUAUGCUACUUAAAGCUCAGCUAUUGAAAGGAGGAUUUGACUAAUUCUUUGCUAAUAUUAAAAAUAUUGACAAAAGAAUUCCAAGAUUUUUUGCUUUUUCUCAAAAAGAUUCACUUUUAGAAGAAAGGCAUAUUUAGCAAGAAAUCUACCAUUCGAUUCUUUCACAACAAUCUUUUGAUUUCAGAUUAAAAGAAGAUAGUAACUUUGAUUAAAUUUUCAAGCUAAGAGAUAAGUAAAAUCUUUUGAACAAUUUUAUCUUUUCUUAUCAUGAUGCUGGUCACGGAGUUCAGCACGUAAAAGCAUUUGACAUUUCAAUAAAACUGAUGAUUUUUAUAAAGUUGUUAGAUCAUAUGCAAACCUUUAAAAAAACAGAAAACAACACUUUACUAAAACCAAAUUUAUGA